AUGGAAAAGGUGGCCAUUUGCCUGUUGAUGAUAACCUCGUCUUUGAAGGCCAUGUGCCCCAAGCGAUGCUCAUGCCAAAACGUUUCUCCAUCUUUUACCAUCCUUUGCACCAAGACUGGCCUUCUGUUUGUUCCACCAACUAUUGAUAGACGGACAGCAGAGCUCCGGCUCAUGGACAAUUUUAUUACGACCCUCAGAAGGAAAGACUUUGCUAAUAUGACAGAUCUCAUCCACCUAACACUUUCUAGGAAUACCAUUAGUUUUAUCAUGCCUUAUUCAUUUUUUGACCUUAAAGGCCUCCAUGCCUUGCACUUGGACAGUAACAGGUUAACAUUUAUCAAUGAAGAGCAUUUUAAGGGUUUAAUAAACCUCAGACAUUUGAUUCUGAGCAACAAUCAGCUACAUUACAUAGCUCCAGGGUCAUUUGACGACUUUGUUGACACAUUAGAGGAUUUGGAUUUGUCAUACAACAACCUGAUAGAGUUACCUUGGGAGACCAUUGGAAGACUUUCAACUGUUAACACUAUGGGGUUAGACCACAACCUCAUUGAUUAUGUUCCAGAGGGAAUCUUCUCCAAUCUCCACAAGUUGGCUAGGUUAGAUAUGACCUCAAAUAAGUUAAAGAAGAUUCCACCAGACCCAUUGUUUUCAAGGAUUCCAGUUUAUGCCAAAACAAAAGGUUCUCCAUUAACAUCCUUGGUGCUUAGCUUUGGUGGAAACCCUCUUCAUUGCAACUGUGAGUUAAUGUGGCUUAGGAGACUCACCAGAGAAGAUGACUUAGAGACAUGUGCUUCACCAGCAGAGUUGAUGGGCAAGUAUUUUUGGUCUAUAAAAGAAGAGGAGUUUAUUUGUGAGCCUCCUAUGAUAACCCACAGCUCUUCACGGCAAGUAGUCAUGGAAGGUCAAAAUGUGUCCUUAAAAUGCAAAGCUGUUGGAGAUCCUAACCCUUAUGUACGAUGGAUUUCCCCAGAUGGUAAACUAGUUCCUAACACCACAAGAACUAUAUCUUAUGAAAAUGGAACUUUGGAUAUCCAUACAACUCUGUAUUCCGACAGAGGAAACUUUACAUGUAUAGCAUCAAACGCAGCAGGAGACUCUACAACCAACGUAGAACUCAUUGUUAACCCAUUCCCAAAUCUUGCCAAUAGCACCAAUUUUGAUAAGGAAACAGAGUCUGGGCUCUCAGAUAUACUGACGCCUGCCAAGUCUAGCAUCCCUUCCAAUGAAACAAAACCUCUUCAAGAUAAAAAAGUUGUGAUUGCAGAACUGACUUCAUCCUCUGCUCUUAUCAAAUGGCCUCCCCAGAGUCAUAUCCCUGGGAUAAGGAUGUACCAGAUUCAGUACAACAGUUCGUCAGAUGACAUCCUUGUUUACAGAAUGAUUCCAUCAUCGAGCAAGUCAUUUUUCUUAAAUGAUCUGGUGUCAUCUCGAAAUUAUGACCUCUGUGUUCUUGCGGUGUAUGACGAUGGUUCGACUGCAUUAACUGCAACAAGGAUAAUCGGAUGUGUACAGUUCACCACUGAACAGGAAUACAAGCAGUGCCGUUCUCUUCAUGCCCAAUUCCUUGGUGGAACCAUGAUUAUUAUAAUUGGUGGAAUCAUUGUAGCCUCAGUUCUCGUCUUCAUCUUCAUUCUACUCAUGAAAUACAAAGUAUACAACAAUCACCCAAAAAAUAAGCCAGCCAAGGUGACAAAUGUGUGCUCUCAAACUAAUGGAAGCCAGAGCGGGACAAUGGGACGCUCUUCUUCUAAACUUAAUGAGAGGAGGGACAGUGUUUUGCAGGAGAUCUCAGGAACCUCUGUUAAAGGAAAAACUAUAGUAGACCUUACCGUUGAUGGUGAAAAAGUGACUCUUUCUGAUGCCACAUUUAUAACAAAUGAUGCCAUUUCUCACUAGCAGAGUAGAAUUACUAAUAAGAGAAAUAAGCUCAUCUCUUUUAAGGACAAUCCGAUAUAAAUCGGUUGCGGGCGUUACCGCUAAGGACAAUUUAAUGCAAGAAGCCGUAUUACCGACUUCGCACUUAUUGUCUAUUUUUAAGAUCAGAUGAUUACAACAAAAAAUGCUAUUUUUUUAAUCUGUAAAAAUGGUUCUUGCAUUCUUAACUAUUUUUGGUUUCAAUAUUAUUAAAUAUGAGGUGUGUGAUUUUCGUUAAUUGGUUUUAAUCAAUUGUACGAUUCUUUGGUGGGAUUAUUGGAGAGACAAUAAAUGAGCUCCUAUAUUUUAAGUUA